GGUUCGAUACGAACCUGGGAAUAAGCAAUGAUUGGGACCGUCUUUGCAGUCACCCUUGUAGCGGUGACGGAAAUUUGGACUUUUCCUUUGAAGAAUUCCUCCAUGGUACAAGAAGCAGUACUGAGGGUCAAGAGAAGAUACCCGGGAAUGUCUUUCGACCCUGAGGACAUUAGUGUCAUGGACAUGAUCAUUAUGGCAAACAGAAGAGUGGGAUUUACAGGACAACCCAUGCGAGAUGGUGACAUAGCGAGCCCAAACAUACGCAGUGCCCUAAUUUGUCCAACUAACUCUUGCCUUUGGCCAAAAUCAGUGGAUGGAUUUGUCUAUGUGCCUUACAUGAUUUCUCCAUUCUAUGAUGACAUGGACAGGAUCACGAUAGAGACAGGCAUGCUGGACAUCUCGUCUAAGACAUGUGUCAAGUUUGUACCUCGAACCCAUGAGGCACACUUUAUCGACAUUCAACCCAAGCGUGGUUGCUGGUCCUUCUUGGGCAGGAUUGGCGGCGCCCAGACUCUGUCCCUGCAGACGCCGGCCUGCAUGUGGUCAGGAGUGGCCUCCCACGAGCUCAUGCACGCUCUGAGCUUUGUGCACGAGCACUCGCGCUCCGAUCGAGACGCCCACGUCAGUAUCCUGUGGGAAAAUAUCAUGAGAGGCCAGGCACACAACUUUCAAAAGCAUAACACCUACAUCAACACAGCGUAUGAUUACAACUCAGUCAUGCACUAUGGGAGGUAUGCCUUUACUGCGGAUGGUGAACCAACCAUAAUUCCCAAACCAGACCCAAGCAUCCCUAUUGGACAAAGAGAUGGACCCAGUGUAUCAGACAUUCAUAAAAUAAAUGUCUUGUAUAACUGUGGUGGCAUGGUAUAACAAGGAAAAAUCCUCAUUUAUUUCAUGUUUAGCACUGGUAGUUUACACAAAUGAAAAUGUACCUCAAAAUAAAUUAGAUUCUCU